CCCUGUAACUUUACUCAACUAGCAGUAACGUUACAAGUUUACAACGCACUGCUAACUUAAAUGCUCCAGGGCAAAUUAUAGGCUAACAUUACUCAUCUUCAUGCUAAUUACAUAGGCUAACUGAAUUUUCAGGUAAUAUCAUCCAACAACACACAUAUUUUAUGUCAGAUAACGCAAUAGUUGAAACAACACCUCGAUGUUAUAAACUCAUAUGUUUUGAGUUCAUAUAACCUGUCCUUCAUGUUAACAUUAAUUGGAUGGCAUUAACGUCACCUGAAUUUGAACUAGCAACAUCGAAAAACAACCAAUUGAGAACAAAUCGUCGACGCCUUCGACAAAACACAUCAAAUAACAUCUGACUUUCGCUGGAAACUGGCCAGAUUUCCCUUCAAGUCUGGCUUAUGGGAGGUGUGCUCGGCGGUGGACUAAUUAUGAUGUGUCCAAGCUGCUCAGCCAUCAGAGCUGGGGGCAAAGGCUGUUGCGGGGCUGGUUGUUGUGGAAACCGCUGUCGUAUGCUGAAUUCUGUUUUCUCUUCUGUAUUUGGCAUUGUUGGGUCGGCCUACUGUGCCUCUGUUGCCAUUGCAGCAAUGGCUGUUGGGCCUCUAUGCAAAGACAAGAAUGGUGAUUGGGUAUAUCCCUUUGAGGAUAUGGCAAGGAACAGCAGUUACCUGGGGGAUAAGACCACAUGGUCCGAGUGUGUCUUUCCCGAGAAUGUGGUUCUCUGGCACAUCGUGCUGUUCUCCAUCCUCUUGGGACUGUCUCUGAUCCAGAUGAUACUCUGUGUCAUUCAGGUUGUGAAUGGAUGUGUAGGCUGCCUCUGUGGAGACUGCCGGAAAAAGAAAUCGGAUGAGGGAGGUCUAUGAGAUCUGCAGAGGAGGAAUACAAAAACAAAUCAACAACCAUUCAAUCUGGAGCUUUCUCACAACACUAACUACUUGCAAUCCAAGCCAUCACUAA